AGUUUGGGAAUAUUGAACGAGGUUUUCUUAGUUUGGUUAUUUAUGCAAUAAACAUUCUUAUAAUUGCAUUGCAUUGGAGUAAGCUAUGAAGAAAUCUGAUGCAGCACUAGCAGCUCCUCGUUUCAACACCACAGUGAUCACGAUUUACACCAGUUCAUCAGUAAAUGCUGAAUAUUUCUACCAUCUGGUCAACUAGGAAAACAAACCUGCGAUCUUAUUAUAGCGUAAUAUUGUACAGGUGGAGUUUAUUAAAGAGGAGACUGAAGACAUGAGUGAUGCAGAAUCAUCCCAAAUAAAAAGUGACGAUGAAAACAAGGAACAAAGAGACCCAUCGGAAAAAACUGAUGAAAGUGAAGAAACGAAUGAAGCGCCGUGGAACCGUGAAUCAGACCAUCAGUAUCAGAAACCUCAGCAGAUCACAGCUGGAGAAAACUCCUUGAACAUCGGUCAAGAGCGAACUAAAGGAAGCGAAGCCCGGCCGUUCACGUGCCUUCAGUGCGGGAAGACCUUCAAGCGGGCCACGGAUGUUAAAGGUCACCUGCGCUAUCACUCGGGCGAGAGACCGUUCACCUGCGACCAGUGCGGGAAAAAAUUCAUCCUGGCAUCGCACUUGAAAACGCACCUGUCCAUCCAUUCAAACGAGAAGCCUUUCUUGUGCUCUAUCUGUGGCAAGAGUUUUUCACGCCUCUGCACUUUCAAAGAUCACGAGAGCAUCCACAGCGGCGUGAGAGCGCACGCUUGCUCCGAGUGCGGCAGCGCCUUCGUCACGGCCAACGCACUGAAGAUGCACCAGCGCGUUCACACCGGAGAGAAACCCUACACGUGCUCGCACUGCGGCCGGAGCUUCAGUCACUCCGGAGCGCUGAAGAGACACGAGCGUGUGCACACCGGAGAGAGACCCUACCACUGCCCUCUCUGCGGCAGGAGCUUCACUCAGUCCAGCAAUCUGCUGACCCAUGUCAAGAGACACUGUCCGAAGUCACGCUGAUCACACCAGGACCACAUGUGAACACAGUGACAUUCAGAAGGA